AUGGCUCGUCGCUCCGCACCUCCCGGCUCCGGCCCCGCCUACUACUCCGGCGCACCUGUGCGUCGCGGCGCCCUCCACGACGCGAACGAGUCCAAGUUCUCUGCAUUCAUGCGCGAGGAGGUCUGGGCACCUGAAAAACUCCCGGGGAAUGUCAGCAUCCUGACGGGGUUGGUCGUGUUCUUUGGCGGCAUUGCUGCCAUCCGGACGUGGGGGACAUGA